UUCGUCUAAAAUAAAGAAUAAGUAAAAUUCUUGAUAUUAUAAGCAGUUAUAACAAGAGGAGACACAGUGAUUACUCCUUUAAUUGUCUCACAUUUAUCAAAGUAAAAGUUUUACUGCCAUAAAAUAAAACUCACUAAUUAGCUCUUAUCUCAUGCGCUGAUUGUGUCCUGCGGGCUUUUUAAGAGCACAGAUAAGUGAAGGAAUGAUCUUUGGCCGCUCACACAGUUAAUCAUUCAGCUCCGAAACAAAGAAAGGAAAAGAUUUUUUAAAAAGUCGGUAGCAGCAGAAGCUGUGAGGAGUUUCAGCCGCCACAGUGAGACAACAUGGCUGCUAACCAACCCGGUGAGGACUGCAUGGACGGGCGCUCCGAGGCCCAGCGGGGGGGAUUCCUGGUCAGGAUCAGGGAGUUUAAACCAAAGGAGGUUUUCACUUGGCAGCUUCUCAAAACGCUGGCGAUGGGUCAGGGUCUGGCCGGGCUCAUCUGUGGUACCGCAGUCUCCUCUCAGUACCUGGCCGCAGAGUUUCACCUGAACACGCCGAUGCUGCAGAGCUUCCUGAACUACACGCUGCUGUGCGCCACCUACACCAGCAUGAUGAUCUGCAGGAGAGGGGAUGGAAAUAUCUUGCAGAUCCUUAGGAGAAGAUGGUGGAGGUACUUACUGCUGGGUCUGGUGGAUGUGGAGGCCAACUACACCGUGGUCAAAGCCUAUCAGUACACCACCCUCACCAGCGUCCAGAUGCUGGACUGCUUUAUCAUCCCGGUCCUAAUGAUUCUGUCCUGGUGGAUCCUGAAGACCCGGUACAGACUGAUCCACUACGUGGCCGUCUGCCUCUGUCUGCUGGGAGUCGGGGCCAUGGUGGGCGCUGACCUGCUGGCUGGAAGAGACCAAGGCUCCACCUCCAACAUCUUAUUAGGAGACGGUUUGGUUCUGCUCAGUGCUGCUUUGUACGCGGUGUCUAAUGUGUCUCAGGAGUACACAGUGAAGAACCUGAGCAGAGUGGAGUUUCUGGGGAUGGUUGGCCUGUUUGGGACCGUCAUUAGCACCGUCCAGAUGGUUAUCCUGGAGCGUAAUGAAUUGUCCAAUAUUAUCUGGAGCUGGCAAGUUGGGCUUCUGCUUGCAGCUUAUGCUCUAUGCAUGUACGCUCUGUACAGCUUCAUGCCCAUAGUGAUGAAGCUGAGCAGCGCCACUUCAGUCAAUCUCUCGCUGCUCACUGCCGACCUCUUCAGCCUCUUCUGCGGGAUCUUCCUCUUCCAGUACAACUUCUCUGGACUCUACCUGGUCUCUCUUGUGGUCAUCCUCAUCGGCUUCAUCGUCUUCAAUGCUGUGCCACCGCCCACCGCCGCCGCCGUCUCUUCUUCCUCUUCCUCAAUUUGCGAGGAAGGCUGCUAUGAAAAUCCUGGAGCGACUGAGGAUGACUCCAACAGAGAUGAAGAUCCAGAAAGGAUCCCCGCUGAGGUAGAGGAGGAGGAUGAAGAGCGGCGAGCGGAUAAAACAGAUUCAUCACAAAGCUUUAGAGAGGAAACUGAUGGAGAUCGUUCUGUUGAACAGAGCACGAAAAUGUGAACAGCUCAAAAGAGUGUUUUAAACAUUUAUAUAUUGAGUUUUCAUUCGUGUCGGUGUGCACUAAACCUCGUUUGGUUUGUGUCUGUCUCCGUCUCCCAGAACCCUGAAAAUAAUUAAAUCAGAGCAGAAAAAUGAUGGCUGCAUACAAAAUAUUGGUAGUUCUUUAA